AUGAACACUGCUCCUCAGACCCACAUAUCAAACUAUCAACGUCAAGAGCAUGGAAACUUCAAUGGAGAUAUCACCAGCACUCAGCAGACACAACGUUCACAAGUACUGCCGCCAUACCCGCCUGUCGAUAUGAGCUUUCAUACACAGGAGAACAUACGACCUGUGGUGUCAGGCACAUCCACUGCUCGAACGUCACCUGCGAGACCAGUGUUUGUUGAGGAGAGAAGACGAUCACACGCCAAUGCAAUUGCGUCCAACUUUCAGAUCCCUCGUGAUGUGAACGACAGCGGUGGAAGCCUGGCUGAACUAGCCGCUCAGAUCACUUGUUUGUUCUGGUUUGAAUCCUCUGACGUCCUCCAAAGAGUCGCGGACUCACCUGUUGCGAUUCACCCGACGAAACCGCUAUCCGCGGAUGCGAAGCCUACCACUGGGUUCCGGAAAUGGGUGACGACAAUACUCUCCACAACAUGCGUAGCACAAAAUGUGGUCCUACUUGCUCUGUUGUUCAUUUACCGGCUGAAGAAGCAAAAUCCAACUGUCCGCGGCAAGCCUGGAAGUGAAUACAGGCUGUUGACGGUGGCGUUGAUGCUCGGCAACAAAUUCUUGGACGACAAUACUUACACCAACAAGACCUGGGCCGAGGUAUCUGGCAUCAACGUUGGUGAAGUGCACAUCAUGGAGGUGGAGUUCUUGAGCAAUAUGAAGUACUGCCUAUUCACAUCCGAGCAAGACUGGACAAGCUGGCUUGCACUGCUGGGCAAAUUCGCCGCAUUCUUCGACGAAGCCGCUCGACCACAACAAGCAAACCUGCCAGUGCCAAUUCUACCACCGGCGUCUUCUCUCCAUGUUCCGAUGGCCCUCCCUUCACCGCCAGUAUCGAACCACGCCUCGCCUCCGUACAACCCGGACCCUGCACCGCAUCCAGUGGCUCAAAGCAUGGUAGGACAGCAUGGACCGACUCCAGCUCCAUCUCCUCUUGGUCCGUUCGGUGAGGUCAUUCACGCACCGUCACAACAAGCGUCCAGGAAACGAAGCCGUGACGAGUCGACGACUGACCUGCCCGCGAAGAGGAUGAUGCAUGGAUACCAAAAUUAUACCUCACCGCACCGCUAUUCGACAAUGGCGCCGCAGCAAUAUCCUGGACAGCCCGUUCCCCGUCUCACGCUGCCCAGUCUUUCCAUACCGCCUCCUCAGUCGUCCAACAGUGGACCUCCACAUCUCUCGCAGAGUCACCAACUCCCUCCGUUGAACGUGCCUGCCAGAGCGAUGGCGAUGGUCUAUCCUCCCACGAAUGCUCAGGCACAGAGCUCUCAGACGCCUACAUCGUAUGCUUCGUCCUCCCACCAGCAACCGCCACCGCCACACUCGCAGAACACAUCACGGCAUACGAGUCCAUACGCCGACACGAAUGGAACGUCGCCCUCUGGCACUUUGCCACACUCGGCUUCAUCUCUUCAGGCACCCACUCAGAUCUCACCAUCGUACUUUCUUCAACAGCGGAAUUCCCCAUACCGACCAGUGCACAAUGUGUCAACCUUGUUAUACCCGCCACCAUCGGGCUCAAUUCAGAGUCGUCCGAUGAACAUUGAGCUGAAUCAGAUGCACUACCAACCGCUGGGCAAGCCGACUCAACACACCGGUCGCCUCCCAUACGUGGGCCAGAACCUAUGGCUCGAUGGCAAUCACCCACAAGAAAUGACGCCGAUUCACCGAUGGCUUCCAAGUGCUCAUCAGCAGCACGUGAUUUCACCGCAAUAG